CAAUUUGGAUGGUAGGAUUUAUCAGAUUCAACCCAACGCGACUCACCGGGAAGGUUUUGGGAUCUAGGAGCGAAGAUUUCCACUUUUCAGUAUCAAACCUAUGGAUAGUGUUUGUUUACUGGUGGGCGCAUUGCAUAUUUCAGGAAAGGGAACCGACAUUGUUCGAAGAGCUCCUAUCGCUUUCAUUGUCUUCCGGACACUUGAUUUUAAUGAAAAUUGAAUCUUGCAUUCAUAUUGCCUGGCGUUGACAAAGAAGCAGGUCAUUUCUUGGAACGGCAAACUUCGAAAAAAACCGAAUUCAAAACGGAUCCUCGUGCAAUUUUGACAACAGCAAGAGGGUUUUGAUGAAGAAUUUCGCAGUCUGGUGGCCAUGGGUGCUGGACAGUGUGCAAAUCUCAACAUAGUUGUACCUCAAGAAGGGGAAUUGCUCGGCCCAUAUCUGGCAAACUGCGUUAUUAUGUCAAUUCUAAGUAUAACAUCUGUCAUAGGGAACGUUUUAAUCUUGGUUUCCAUUUGCAGAGCUCCUGAAUUUCUUCGCCAGCCGUCGUACUUUCUUUUAGUCAACUUGACUGUUGCCGAUUUGUGCGUUGGCUUCAUAGCCGAACCUCUCUAUUUGAUAUACAAAAUAUCUUAUUUAAUCAAUCCGCUCUCUGUAACGUCCUGUUACGCAGGAUAUGUCUUUAACCUUGUCUCUUUCCUUUUAACGUCGCUGUCGCUUUCGACCGCAGCAGCAAUAUCUCUGGAUCGAUUAAUGGCGCUUCAUCUUCACAUGAAAUAUACCUCCAUCGUGACCAAGCAAAGAGUUGUUAUUUUGAUCGCUAUUUUGCUUGUAUUCAGCUUGGCUUUCGCUUCCAUGUUUGAGUGGGCCAUCGACGAGCAGAACACUGUGUUGGCGUGCGCUAACUCUCUCGCUUUGGUUGUCGCGUUGUUGUCUUACGUAAGGAUAUUCCAAAUUUUGCGCUACCACCAGCGACAAAUUUCCAGUCAUCAGGUUGGUGAAAUAUCAUCGUUCACCUACGGGGGAGAAGUGGACUCGAUGGGUACCUCUUUUCAGGGAGAGGAAAUAAGGGGAAAUCAAAGAGAAGCUACCAAAGAGAUCGAUGGAAAUAGACGAAAUGUGAUGCGAAGAGAUGACAAACAAAUUGCCGAAAAAAGUGAAGAACACUAUCAAAUACCUGACGGUGAAAAUCCGGUCAAGAACAACAAGCAAUUGCAGACGAAGGCAUCAUUUGUCUCCCGUGAGAAUCAUGGAUGCUUUGAUUCAAAAGAAGACUUGGAAAACGUCCGAUUUGAUGGCGAAUUGAAAAUUGUUGAAGAUAAAGGUCAGGAACAGGAGAAGGAGAUGCAUCUGAGAUUCGGAAGCACAAUUGCCCAUCUUGGGGAAAGGACACUGGACCAUUCACGAGAAGGGGAAAUUGAUGUACGGCAAAUCGAAGAAGGAAACGAAAAGUUGAUAAGAGUGGAUGUGAAUGAAGGAAGAAGGAAGGGAGAAACAAGUAGUAAAAUGAACCACGAAUGCCCAAUCGAAAUGACAGCUUUUAAUUCUUUGAGAGCAGAUCGAAAAGCUCCUCCAAGCAAUCAGAUGGAAGGAGAAAAUUUCGUUCUUGAAGAGAAGCAUAACGAAAGCCGAUCAUCAGAAGGCGAAAUCCAUUUUAAUGGAUCUAAAAAGAAUCAGAAUCGUUUGUUUACAACAGUAGCAGCUUCCAUGAGACAGACAACACAAGAAAUGACUCAUGAAAUGACUGGCAACCCUGUCACCAUUGUUGAUCACGAUAGAAUCAAUACAGACACCAACGCGCAAAGUGACAUUAUUAUUAUUAAUAGAAAGAACAAAUUGAGAAUGAGAAAGUUCCAAAAGUCAUUCUAUAACAUGUUUGUUAUAUGGUUUCUCAUGUUACUGUGCUAUUUACCUCUUAUCUGCACAUCUAUAUUGUUCUUAUUGAUUGGACGCAGUUACUCUAUGCACUUAGCCUUCAAUUUCACAACAUCUGUUAUGUUCAUGAACUCUAGUAUAAAUCCUGUCUUGUUUUGCUGGAGAAUACGAGAGUUUCGCGCAGCUGUGAAGAAAACACUGAAAGAAUUGUUUGGACUUUGGAGCGAUCGCAGUACUUAAUGUAACACUGAUAGAGAGGAUAUCGAUUAUGUUAAUCUUGAAUACAAUAAAU